AUGUACUGCAAAGGUGUCCUCCGUCAGGGCCACCUUGAUAUCCAAGACGCCAAGGUGGAUUCCAGCGAGCCCGUCGUGGCAUCUUCCGGUGCCCUGCAGCAUCUCAUCGCCAACUACCUCAACGGCACCCUCACAAACCUCUCGGCCGCCUUCCAGGAGUCGAGCGAGUACAUCUCGGGGACGCUGGGAGUCCCGCCCACGUACGUCUACAGCGGCCUCGCUGCCCUAGUGGCCCUCCCCAUCACCAUGUCGCGGUUCGGCUGGUCGCUCAACCGCGAGCAGAGCUUCGGCGCCAUGCCCGGCGGCGUGCCCGACAUCACAAACGAAGACUUCAGCUACAUCCCCGCCCAGGACCUGGACGAUCCCAGGGUUGAGUACAUCGACACUCGCCACUUUCCUCGGCCGCCAUCCAGGGGACCUUCGGACCUUGAAGACGACAUCCUGGUCAUCAAACACAAGGGCAUAACGUAUCCGGCGCACUUCCCGGCCUACUCGAUCGGCGAUGGCAAGCUGUACGUCAAGGAUGUGCGAGAUCGCGUCGGCCUCAUGAUGGAACUGUCAUCACGCACCACCCGUCGCAUCAAGCUCCUCUACAAGGGCAAGCAGCUGAAGGAGUCGUCGCUGCCGAUUCGCCAAUACGGAGUCAAAAACAAGAGCGAGCUCAUGGCCGUCAUACCCGACGGGGACGACGAGAACAGCGAUCGGUCGGAUGAAGACGUCAUCACUGUCAAUGAGCCGUCUCGACACGACUCCAAGUCUUCAAAAUCCAAGAAGAAGAAGAAGGGAAGCAAGAGGAAAUCGGACAAGAAUGACCCCGGAUCCCCGACCAGCCCUCUCGACAGCGGAUCAAACGGCGACGCCGCAAAUGGCGCCGUCAUCAAUGCUGCUUCGAAAAAGUUGGAUGAGAUUGAAGACGAGUUCCGGUCCAAGUGGCUGCCUCUCUGCUUGGACUACAUCGACGCGCCCCCCAAAGACGCCAAGAAGCGGGAGGACGAGCACAGGAAAAUAUCCGAAACUGUCUUGCAGCAAGUCAUUUUGAAACUGGAUGGCGUAGAGACUGAGGGUAUCGAUGAGAUUCGACAGAGGCGAAAGGAGCUCGUUCGACGGACCCAAGAGGUGCUCAAGCAACUAGACACCGCAAAGGCAUCAUGACUGUCUCGCAUGCGCCCUUUUCUAUUCUUGUCGCGAUUAUAAUGAUUAUUCCUUCUGUUUUGUUUUGCGCUGAGUUGCCUGUUUGGCCUUUUGGUUUAUACUGCAUACAACUCUUCACUCUUUUUUCUCUGUUUUUACGCAAAACAUACACAUAUAUUUAAAAAAAAGACUGUUGGGUGCAGAUAAAUGGCGUUGUUUUUUUACAAAAAGAGACGAAUGGCGGAGUGGGCGCUGGGACGAUGAUACCGCAGCCACUGGUCCAUGAGCGAGACACUAGACCUUUUUUUUUUUUUCCACGUCUACAUUUUCGCAGCUCAUUAGUAUAACAAAGAAUUAGAAAGAAGGAAAGGAAGCUGCUGAUCCUAUCGCAUGUUGUGGAAAGAGAAGAUGGACGCUGAAAGAAUGGGCGGGUGGGUGUGUUGAGAGAUGACUCUGGAAAGAGUGGAGGAGUGGCAUAUUGUACAGAUUGACGAUGAUGCAUGGCGAUAUAGAAUCAUUUUCUGGCGAUUAAUAUGAGAAUUCACAACCACAGGCUUAUU